CAAGAACGGAAGCCUACAACGAUUUCAGCUUGCGACCCACCCUGCACCCUCUGAUGGCAAUAUGGCGACAGAGUUCCACAACCUCCAGGAUCUGAGACACAGUGCUUCUCUGGUAAACAAGGUGUUCAUCCAGAGAGACUACAGUGAAGGGACUACCUGCAGGUUCCAGACCAAGUUCCCCUCAGAGCUAGACAGUAGGAUUGAGCGGAAGCUGUUUGCAGACACCGUGAGCACUCUGAACCGGUACUAUGCUGAGGCAGAGAGCAUGGGGGGGCGGUCCUACCUGGAGGGCUGUCUGGCCUGUGUCACCGCCUACGUCAUCUUCCUCUGCAUGGAGACCCGCUACGAGAAGGUCUUGCAGAAAAUCUCAGGCUACAUCCAGGAGCAGAAUGAAAAGAUCUACGCCCCCCGAGGUCUCCUCCUCACUGACCCUGUCGAGAGGGGCAUGAGGGUCAUAGAGGUGAGCGUGUACGAGGACCGGGACUCUGGCAGCUCCAGCCCCAGCGGCAGUGUGUCGUCUGCGGGCAGCGCCUCGCGGUGACUGGAGGAGCAGCACCAGGGCUACGGGUAUCCUUUCCACCACCACCACAGGGCUGCCGGCUCGCUCACCAACAUCCGCAUGCUGAAGCAUGAGAGCACGCGUUUCUGACUCCCCCCACAGCGUGGCGUCCUCAGAGGUGCGCUCGAUUUGGCUCACAGUGU